UUUUUUAAUUUUUGUCUGUAGAGUCAAUUUUGCCAGCUGGGCGGUUCCGAUAUUUAUUUUUUAAAAUAAUUUAUUAUUAUUGUGUCGGAGCUACAUAAAUUUAUCGUGUCAUUUACGGUUUUAUAAACUAGAAGUUUAAAAUUUCAUGAUUGCCGAAGGCGCUAUAAGUGCGACAGUUUCUUCAGUUGAGAUUACAGAGAGGAGCGCGCAUCCAGACGCGGAGUCAGAGAGCAGGGCUCUAUAUGGCAGUUCCGCAAUCACAAUGAAGGUGGAUGCCGACGCGACAGAAGCGCCCGCAGCGCCGCCCACCACGCCGCCCACCGCGCCGCUCGCCGCAUCCGGAACUCCGAUCGCUAGUAAUACAGAAUCGCCUGUCUCAUCUUUGGACGACUUGCGCGUGCCGGAAACUGAGGCUAUCCCGAGGCCCGACCGGGCUUUGCUCGCCAAACUGGAGGAGGAAAACCGUCGCAUCGAGGCGGACGCGAAGAGCGCCUCGCUUACGACCGUGCAUAGCAGAAAGAGUUCCGACACUUCGCAGAUAUCUUUGGCUUCCGCAACAAGUUCUAGUUAUGAGGCAGAAGCGCGAGUCAGCGGCGGCAGUAAUGGUGAAGAAGAUCUGUGGAGUUUGUGGGGACGGAUCGUCAGCAAUUGGGAGACGGAGUGGAAACGCCGCAAUCAGUUCGUCAGGGACCUGGUCCGACAAGGCGUGCCGCAUCACUUCCGAGGCAUCGUAUGGCAGCUCUUAGCAGGAGUCGAUGCGUCACCCGAAAAGAAACUUUACGCUUCAUACAUCAAGGCAAAGUCCGCGUGUGAAAAGGUGAUACGGCGUGACAUAGCGCGCACGUACCCCGAACACGACUUCUUCAAGGAAAAGGAUGGGCUCGGCCAGGAGUCUUUGUUCAACGUGAUGAAGGCUUACUCGCUGCAUGAUCGCGAGGUGGGAUACUGCCAGGGCUCGGGAUUUAUUGUCGGUCUGCUACUUAUGCAGAUGCCCGAAGAGGAAGCCUUUGCAGUACUUGUGAAGAUCAUGCAGCAGCAUCGCAUGCGGGACAUGUUCAAGCCGAGCAUGGCCGAGCUGGGACUGUGCAUGUUCCAGCUGGAGAACUUGGUGCAGGAGUUGUUGCCGGACCUGCACGUGCACUUCCAAUCACAGAGUUUUAGUACCUCGUUGUAUGCGAGCAGCUGGUUUUUGACUUUAUUCACAACGACGCUUUCUCUGCCGCUGGCCUGCAGAAUCAUGGACGUAUUCCUGUCUGAGGGAAUUGAAAUAGUAUUUAAAGUUGCAUUAGCUCUACUUACAUUGGGAAAAAAUGAUUUGCUAUCACUCGAUAUGGAAAGUAUACUUAAGUACAUACAAAGAGAACUGCCAGCAAAGGCGGAAGCAGAUCAAGAUGCUUUCAUGAAUUUAUCUUAUUCAAUUAAAGUGAACCCAAAGAAAAUGAAGAAGCUCGAAAAAGAAUAUACAGUAAUCAAAACUAAGGAGCAAGGUGAUAUCGCUGUACUAAGAUGUUUACGUCAAGAGAAUCGUUUGCUGAAGCAGCGGGUAGAACUCCUAGAGAAGGAGAGUUCUGCGUUAGCGGAGCGGUUGGUGCGGGGGCAGGUGGAUCUGGCGGAGGGCGAGGAGGAGACGUUCGCGCUGGCGCGGGAGGUGCAGGCGCUGCGCCGAGCCAACGUCGACGCGCAGCAACGGCUCGCAGUCGCACAGGAUGAGAUCAGAUCGCUUGAGAUGACCAUAGCUGAGAACAACUCGCGUCAGUCGUCGCUGGAGGGUAUAGAGGGCGCGGAGGGCGGCGGCGGCGGCGGGGGCGAGCUGGCGCGGUGCCUGCAGCGCGAGCUGGUGCGCGCGCGCCUGCACGCGGCGGAGCGCGAGGCCGCCGAGCGCGAGCUCACCGCGCGCAUCGCCGACCUCGAGAACGAGAACAAGAGUCUGCGGAGGCAGCGCGUUGAUAACAACGUCGCGCAUUUGCAGGACGAAUUAAUCGCCGUUAAACUGCGGGAAGCUGAAGCGAACUUGUCAUUGAAGGAUCUUCGUCAGCGCGUGUCGGAGCUGUCGGACGCGUGGCAGCGACACCUGCAAGAACACAGACAGGAAGCGCCGCCAACGCCCGUGCAAUCCAACGUGGUGUCAGAUAUAAUGGCGACGCCCAAGAAGCUGCUGCGCGCGUGGGAGGGCCGCUCGGCGGACAUGCAGAAACUCGACGAAGAACUCAUGACCACCAGGAUACGAGAGGUCGAGGCGCUCACUGAGUUGAAAGAGUUGAGACUCAAGGUGAUGGAGCUGGAGACGCAGGUGCAAGUGUCGACGAACCAACUGCGGCGGCAGGACGAGGAGGCGCGGCAGCUGCGCGAGAAUCUCGACGCGGCGCUGCAGCGCGAGCGCGUGCUGCAGGCGCGCCAGAGGGAGUCGCAGCACAAAUAUGCGGAUCUCGAGAGCAAGGCUAAAUAUGAAUCUAUGCAAGCCAAUAUCAGAAACAUGGAGGAUGCACAAAGAAUAGCCGAGCUGGAAACUGAAGUAUCGGAAUACAAAUUAAAGAAUGAAGUGAUGGCCACUGAAGGAGAGCUCCGAAAUAACAUGGACGAUUCCGACAAAGUCCGCGAGUUACAAGAACAAGUGGCCGAGUUGAAAGCUGAGGUCAUGAGGCUAGAGUCGUGGAGGGCGCGCGCGCUGGGCCACACGGAGCUGAGCCGCGCCAUCUCGCUGGAGGACGAGCUGGAGGAGGACGACAAGCUGCGGCUGAUCCUGCGCCGCGAGUCCUCCGCCUCGCUCGACCUCUCCGCCGCGCUGCGCAAGCAGUCCUAGCGACUACUCACACAACUACACGCGACGGCUUCUUCGCUAACUGCACCAAUCACAUGUCUUCGUUCUUGGUGAUUAUACAUAUUAAGACAUAUUCCAAAAUGCUAUUACGCUAAGUACAUGUUAUUUACUUUAUAACACGUAAUUCGAUUAUAGAUCCGUAAGAACACGUGACUCGUGACGAAAUAUUUUGCAGUUGCUAUAUCGCUUUAUUUACUAAAAGUAUUUAUACAUUAUGAUCUCUAUUUUCUAUUUUACUUUGACAACUAUGCCAAUGCCCUUUACAUCGAUUGCGAAUAAAAUGAUAUUUUUCCUGUAUUUAUAAUUAAUCCGCUGGUAGCGUGUUAACAAUUAUUCGAACCGUUGUCUGAUUAAAUCAUUAUGUACGUCAGUCAAUUUAAUGCAGGAUUCGAUGUUUCUCGUAUCUGAAGACAUUGUUAGGAAUUAGGAUUCUGAUUCACAAUGGAGCUAUAAUAUGACUUGGUUUCACAGCAGAGUAUUAGAUCUAUUAAAAAAGUUAUACCUAUUAUCUAGUGGUAGUUCUAAUAUAUGAAUAAAGAAUAAUCAUAUUUAGGUUCCACAUCCACAAUAAUCCUCAACUCGUGAUGCCAACUCCAUACAUCAAUGCACAUUUGAUAUAAUAUUUUAUAUGGUUGUAGUUAAAUAUACAUGUAGUUAUAACGUAGUUUAUACUUUUUUAGAAUUCACUAGUAUAAUAUGCGUAUCUGUAGAAUUUGUAAUAAAAAAUGCUACAUGUAAUGCAGGCCACAAAGAUCUGAGCAAUAAAUCGUAACCUUGUGCUCCAUACUACAUAAACAAUGUACACAUCGUAAAUUAUGAAACUAGCGUCACUAAUAUUCGCGUGAAAACUAACUCCGGUUUUAUAGAAUUCUCAUUCGACGAUUUUAAAAAAUCUAUUUAUAUUUCGUUUCGAUGGUGCGACCUAAAACGAAUAUCAUUCAACUGUUUUGCAACAGGUUUCUCAGCGCGAUCGUGGCCUACAUUAUAUGUAAGGCGACUUAAUUUAUUUGAUAAUGACAAAUGGGUAUUCAUGAUCUCAAUCUUUUAUUAUCAUACCAUGAUCCCAUUUACAAAAUUUUAUACGGUGUUAUCGAACGCUCUACACUUUGCACAACCAGGUAAAGGGUACACAGCCGAAGUAGAAAAUAAACUUACAUUACUUUUGCUAUUAUAGACGUCAGAUAUUAUAAUAGCCGGUACAAUAAUUUCAAACUGCGUAUACUUUGCACUUACUGCAAAGCGGCUUUCAUUAAAGUGCCUAGAUGAUGAAGUAGAUGUAAGUUUUACUGGAUUUUACAUUUUGAAAAAUCAAUAUAGUAAUGUCAUCAGUGCGGACUUUCAUAGAUUUUAAUUUUAAUAUAAUCAAUGGAUCAAUUUAAUUGUUGAAUAACUUAUUAAUCUUUACAAGUAUGACUUGACAUGAAAUCAAUAAUUAGAUCAUUCAUAAUAUUACACAAUAUGAAGAGACUUGGGACAGUGCGGAUUUACCGUACAUAGAUAAUAUAGCUACAUUAUAGAUAAUAUGGCUACAUAGUGACUUAUUUGUUUUGGUUGUGCUAGUCAAUUGAUCACCACCUCAUGCUUGUGGUGCACUUGCAUACCUAUAAGUUACAAAGCCUGAAAUGAGAGAUUUGUUUGAAAGGUUACAUUCCACUUAUUAUAUUUUACUAAUAUAUUUAUAUGACUCCAAUAAAUAAUGAUUGAGCUUUAUUUUAUGAGUACCAAAAUAUUACAAUUGUUUGUUACUGCUUGCGGACUUAACCCUUAUUUCAUAUAUGUUUUAAAUUAGUAUCCUAUUUGUUUAAUCUCUUCCAACGUUAAAUCAUUGAUUUUAUGUAGAGCGACAAGACUGCAAUACAGCACACGCGAUACUGUUAGCAUAAACAGCAUCGAACCCUUUGUGUCAUGCCUGUUCGCCCCAAAUAUAGGGAGCAGAAGCUAUUUGUGCUUAAAGUAUCCACUGUGCUGUAGCCGUCAGUUACAUCGUUUCUAAUAAAACAUUUAGCCUAUUUUAUUUUAUUGUAGGUGUGGACAGAAAGAUAUAAAGCGUACUUAUUUAAUACCUAGUUUUAUUACAUAAGGAGUAAACUACGUGUAUCUUGUAUUAGUUGUUUUGUAUUAAUACUCAUGGAUCAUGGUGACAUCAUGUUUGACCAUCAGCUAAUUCCUUCAUGUUUGCGUAACUCGUAGCUCUUAGUAAUAGCUAAAAUAUUCGAUGGGUCAAUAGUAGUUUUGUUGUACCACGAUGUCUUAUAAUUCUUCAAUAAAAAUUCUUAAUGAUGUUUUAAAUCUUAAUUUUUAAUAAUGUUUUAUGGUUUCUUCUUAGGACCAUACUAUGUUAAUAGAUUUAAUUUGGCGAUUUUUUUAUUAAUCGGAAUACUGGCUGCUAUAUCAGCAUUCUUAAAAUAUUUUCACUAUAUGUUUCAACAUUUAUUUACUCUAUUACAAGCGCAAAGAAUGCUUGAGAAAAUGUUUAUAUCAUUGUUAUUUAUAUGAUUUUUUUUAAUGUAUUUUAAAUGCAAAGGUACAGUUGAGCAAUUUGAUUCAUGGCCCAUGUAACACUAAUCUUCGGAAUAUUCGUAUUAUAUUGAAUUCAAAAAUAAAAUUUUGUGAUUAUCGUUUUUACAAUAAGAGUCCAUAAGCAAAAUUAUAAAUACAUAUUAUAAUUAUAAAACUAAUUUACAAACUAAUAUCGACGACAGAGCUAUAAAUUAUAAAGACAAGAGUCGCGUUAAAAGUAUCUUCAAUUAUUUUAAGAAACAUAUAAAUAAGUAAUAUGUAAUAAUAAUUGUAUAAAGUAAUUGGGUCAAAUUGUUUAGAUGUACAUACAUGCUCAGUAUUUGCAACUGAAUUUAUAGGAUAAAAUAGGAAUAUUUAUAAUUAUAUUUUUAUCAUUCAUUUAAUGUGGCAGCAAUUUUAUUAAAUAUUUUAUAUUAUGUAGUUAUUUAUUAUGAGAACUUACUUCACUUUUAACCUAUAAUUUAACAGAUUUUAAAAGGACAGAUGUAACAUUUAAAGGCAGUUAUGAAUCUUAGGUUACUGUUUCAAACUAUUAUGUUUUCUAUACUCAUGGUUUUAAUAAACUUGUAAGUUACCAAAUACCUAUAGUGCAUCGAAUAUUUUACAAAAUUAAAUUUACUAAUUUCAUAAACAUUCCCCUUGUAACACAAACCUUGUUGAGACCUGUUUAACUGUACAAGAUUUUUGAUGUACUAUAUUUAUUUAAUAAAAUUAUCUAUUUCAUUUUAUAGCAAACAGUUCUAAGAUUAUAUAGAGCGGACAUUGGGAAGAUUGUCAUACAAACAUUUUGCGCUUAUUUAAUAGUUACUCAGUCGAAAAAGCAAAACAUCAAUGUAAAAUACUUCAUAUUUAUUCCAUAUCAUGAUUUACACGUUUUUAAUGCGAUUAUUAUCGUAUUAGCAUAUUUUUUUAAAUAUACAUAUUAUUUUUAUAUUAUUAUCUAAGGACGCUGUGACAUCUUUGAUUGUUGACAGACAUUUAAAAAAAGACGGAGAUUUAUUACCAAUUGGUAAUAAUUUAGGUGCAAAAAUUUGGCCUCGAUGUCCGGUUUAUGACUAACUAUAGUUAAAUUUCUUUGUUUUGUAGUAAUUUUUGGAACAAUAUGGAUAUGUUUAUCCCCAAAAUCGCUUUCAUUAGUACCUUCUACAUCUAUGGAUGCCUUAAUGUUUUUUUUAUUUAUUCGAGCGAAUUACGAAUUUUGGAAAUGGCAUUGAAAUAUAAUUGUGUGAAUAGUUGCAAGUUCGUAAUUUUAUGAUUUAAGUUUUUACAUGUUUAAUUUUGUUUAUGAUUUAAUAUAUUUGCGUUAUAAGGAUAUUUGAAUGCUUAAAAUGAUAAAUUAAAAUCUUAGAAAUUUCAUAUACAUAGUGCUCACAUAAUUGUUCAGUGGAUAGAAGUGAUUUGCUACAGAUCAUCAUGACUGGAAUAUGAAGGAAAAUUAUUCGCGGAACACUAUCAAUUCAGUUACCCUAAUUGCAGUGUAACUAAUUUAUACACUUUGAUGACAAUUUUAUGUAUUUUCAUAUUAUGUAUUGGUAAUAAAUAAAUUCAUAUUGCAUUCUGUA